GUAAUCACCUCUGGUGCCCGGGGCUCUCUUCUCCAUGGCUUUGAGGAGGGGACUUCCUGUAAGGACUCCAUCUUGUUUGUGUGAGGCUGACAAAGUCAUUUGGGGCCUGCUCUCUUCGUCCUCAGCAGCUUUCCUUGAUCUUCUCUAAACCUCCAGCUCCAGAUCCCACAGGUUCUCUUCAUAAGCAGCCCGUGAGGACAUUGGUGACAGGUCACUGCCUUCAGGCCACACCAUGGGGCAUAAUGACACAGGUAACUCCUUACAAAGAAGAGCAAGAUGCUCGGGUAUUUACCGAAGGAGGUAUAACAAUUGGUCUGGGCAUGUCCGUUCUGGCAUUGAUUCUUCAUCCCACCAGCAGCAAGAUGGAGAUCCAGCAACAAAUGACAGUUGCAUGAGCACCCGAGGAAGAUAUGCCCCCUAUGCCAUUCCAUCCUGUCAUUGGAGAGGCAGUUUUCAGAUGCAAGACCAAAUGCAAGCUAACAUGGAGGGAGAGCAAAAGUGUCCAGAGACAAGAAUGGAGGGGGAGAGGCAGGAUGAGACCUCCAGGAGCUGGUUCAAGAUCACAGUUCCAUUUGGCAUCAGAUAUGAUGAGAAGUGGCUGCUGAAUCUGAUUCAGAAACAAUGCAGUGUCCCCUUCACCCCAGUGCAAUUUCACUAUGAGAAAAUGCAGGCCCAGUUCUUUGUUGAGAAUGCCGGCAGUGCCUUCGCAUUGAAGAGUGUCAACGGCAAGAUCUGGAAUGAGAAUAAUGAAAUGAUAUCUAUCUUUGUCCACCCCUCUGAUGCACCCCAGCCUGUGCAGAAGGAGCUGAAGCCAGAAAAUGUGGAUCAGAUAAAGCUUUUGCCCUCGAACCUGAGCGACAAGAAACCCUACCAGAUGGAUGGCCUAUCCAACACUAUGCAGAAUGCCUCCAGCAUCAAGGACUUGAACCUCUCCAACAGUGAGAUAAGGUGGGAGUUGGACAAGGGCAAAAGACUGCAGCGAGAAGACAUGAGUGCAAACAGAAGCCCCCUGUGCACCACCUUUCCCGAUAAAUCAACCAACAUAAGCUCCAUCCUGGAACUGUUUUCCAAGUUAUUGUGCCUGGAUGGCCAAGAGUCACCUUCACCAACCAGCGUUGGUAUUGCAGCCCACAAGAGGUUACCAACCUGCAAGGGAAGCUUCUUUGGAUCUGAUGCGCUGAAGAGUCUGGUCCUGCAAUUCCUGCAGCUGUACUACUUGAUCUAUGACUCUGGAGACCUUCAGGGUCUCCUUGGUGCUUACCACGAUGAGGCCUGCUUCUCCCUGACCAUUCCCUUCAACCCCAAGGAGCCAGCCCCAAGCAGCUUGUGCGAGUACCUCAAGGAAAGCAGGAACAUGAAGAAGGUCCAGGACCCCUACCUGCGUGUUCAGCUGCUGAAGCAUACAAAACAUGACAUUGUGCACUCCCUCUGUGUGCUGCCCAAAACUCAGCAUGACCUCAGCUCCUUUGUGGUGGACAUAUGGUGUCAGACGGACUUGAUGCUCUGCUUUUCUGUCAACGGAGUGUUCAAGGAAGUGGAACGAAUGUCUCAGGAUUCUGUUCGUGCCUUUACCCGGACCUUCAUCGCUAGCCCUGUCAGCAAUUACAGGUGAAUGCUUUGUUGUGGGUGGAUCACCCAGUUCAGUAAGAGUUCAGUUGUGUGGAAAUCAGGUGUUACAAUCUUGGCGUAUUCUGAAUUUUGUGAAAAGGCAGUAGGUUCAUCCAAGGAAUCAUCUCUCCUAAUGAUUAAGAGUGUGAGUUCUUUAAUCAGAUUUUUUUUCCUGUUCCCAACACUCACUAUUUUUGUGACCUUUGCCAAAUCACACGUUACCUUUUGGUGACACACUUUCUUCCUCUGAAAAUUGAGAUUAGACUGUCAACUCUUUGUCAUAUGUGCCUGGUAAGUAUUGAUGUAAACUUGCCCAUGGCUUAGGGUCAAAUGGUUAAAUGUCCUCAUGUUUUUGCAAGUAUCUUGCCAAAUAUUGGCUCUGUGAUGGGUGAAGAAGUAGAGGUACUAUCUAAGACACAUGGAUGGGAGAUACAGCAGGGAUAUGGAAAGAAUCUGAUGGCUCAGUGGCAGUGGGAGCAAGAUCAUUAUUGGGAUGUCAGUUUGGCUAUCUGUCCAGUUGUCUAAGGUCCCAUUUUUCCUCCAGUCUAUGAAUCAUGAAUGAUACUCUGCUUGUGAAUAUAAUCAGCCCUAAGGAUACCCAGAGCACAUUCUCUAUCCCAGUUCCCACUCCCUCCUGCAGCUACUCGACCACCUCCUCCCAGAAGCAGCAGGGAAUGGUUCAGUCUUUCACCACACCGUCUGGGAUGAACCUCCAACGGUCUCAUAAGUAACUUCAUGACCUCUAUUAGGAAUAUGCCGGUUCUCGUUUAAGCCAAGGUAAGGUUCAGGAAUUCAAGCCAAGUGAGCAGAAAUUGGGUGGCCUGGUGAUGAGACUCAGGGUUCCUGGCUCUGCUGAUCUCCCAACUCCCCUUCCUCACUUCCACCAGGUCAAGCAUAAGAUCCUGGAGGAGGUCAUCAUACAGACUGAUCCAGGAUCCUGAAAACACAGCCUUGACAAGAAACCCUGUGUGGCCAUGUUAAUCUUCAUUAUCAUUGUUGUGUUUAUUUUCUGUCUGAGUUAACUUCUGACUGAGUGGAUGGCCUUCUUGGGGCUGAGAAGCCAACGUUAAACUGAUACUUACCCACCUAAAGACCAAUUGGUGUGUAGUUUCCUACUCAGGAUUCCUGAUUCUCUUCUUAAUAAAUAGUGACAUAGCAUGUUAUGUUGAAUGACUGCAAAAUCCAUUCGAGGAAGGUAUUUUGAUCACCAGUAUACAGAGAAAGAAAAUGAGAGUCAGAGAAGGCCAGUGACUCCUGGAGAACAGUGGGGUAGACACUCAAAUCCUAGACCUCUCUCUAAAGCCCAGGUUGUGUGUGCCCCAGUUCUGUGUGCCUAUUCAGGUGAGGAAUGUUCUCUUAUUCUGUUAUACCUGGGGAGAGUGUUCUGUGCCUCUAAAAUAUUAGUCAAAUAUUUUUAGGCAGAGAACAGCAUUCAUUCUUAGCCAUACAAAUCUAUUCAAAUUUAAAAACAAUCCAUUUAGGGAAAAACAGCAUUAUAGAGCACAAGAGAACCUGGGAAGCAAAAAAUGCACUCAUAUGUGACUCACAUUGUAUUGAUAUCCUUGAUAUAUAGAAAAAUCAAUAGAGAGGGAAACAUAUCAAUCAAAAAUUGUUAUUAAAAUUAAUAGCUAUGCUAAGUGAAAUUAGUCAGUCACAGAAAGACAAAAAUCAUAUGACUUCACUCAUAUGAGGACUUUAAGAGACAAAACAGAUGAACAUAAGGGAAGGGAAACAAAA